AUGGCUGAGAGACCACUAUUGACUCCAUAUCCACAUGGGGAAUCCGUUGAUCAAACAGACUACCGCUCAAUGAUUGGUUCUUUGAUGUAUCUGACUGCAAGCAGACCUGAUAUCAUGUUUGUUGUGUAUCAAUGCGCUCGUUAUCAGGCUAAUCCUAAACUUUCUCAUUUAAUUGUUGUUAAAAGGAUUUUUAGAUAUCUUAAAGGCAACCCUAAACCAGGCCUUUGGUAUCCUAAAAAUCCUGAUUUUGAUUUAUAUGCAUUUGCUGACAGCAAUUAUGGAGGAUGUGAUCUUGACAGGAAAUCAACAUUGGGUGGAUGCUAG